UCUGGACCGCCUUUCAUGCUCAGUACUCUUCCUGGUUUCAAGUGGAUAUCAAGACGCCUGUUAAGCGGCGAGUCGGACAAGUCCAAAGUUGUACUACUGACGCGGGAGGAUGACACCGAGAACAAACACACAGCAGCUGGAAGAAGUUUGAACACGGUCCAAACCUUGUUUUACAAGAUGAAACACGGACGAUAAGCACCGCGGGGGCACCAGCGGCAGGCUGCCGUGAAGCGACACAGGCUCGCUGCUAGCCGCUGCUAGCCACUUAGCGAGCUAACACACGGCAGGCAGUUGGUGUUAGCAUACUGUAUCUUUGAAACGUCGCGGCUGACAAGCUCGCCCAACCUCGUCUCACAGUCGGGCAAAAAGGAGCCCAGCCACCGGAGAAAGGCAACAUGGAGAGCAAGGACAAAGUACAGAUGAGGAACAACCCUCGCAGGCAGUUAAAGAAGCUGAGUGAAGACAGUCUGACCAAGCAGCCAGAGGAAGUUUUUGAUGUCCUGGAGAAGUUGGGUGAAGGGUCGUAUGGCAGUGUGUUUAAGGCCCAUUUAAAAGAGACAGGCGAGAUUGUAGCCAUCAAACAGGUUCCUGUGGAGUCUGACCUUCAGGAGAUCAUCAAGGAAAUCUCCAUCAUGCAGCAGUGUAACAGUCCCCAUGUGGUGCGGUAUUAUGGCAGCUAUUUUAAGAACAGUGACCUGUGGAUUGUCAUGGAAUAUUGUGGAGCUGGAUCAGUGUCUGACAUCAUCCGAAUACGCAACAAAACGUUAACAGAGGAGGAGAUAGCAGCCAUUCUGCAGGCCACAUUGAAAGGUCUGGAGUAUCUCCACUUUAUGAGGAAGAUCCACAGAGAUAUCAAAGCAGGCAACAUCCUGCUGAACUCAGAGGGUCAGGCCAAACUGGCUGACUUUGGAGUGGCUGGGCAGCUCACAGACACCAUGGCAAAGCGUAACACAGUGAUCGGCACGCCGUUCUGGAUGGCCCCAGAGGUCAUACAGGAGAUUGGUUACAACUGCGUUGCUGACAUCUGGUCUCUGGGAAUUACAGCUAUUGAGAUGGCUGAGGGCAAGCCGCCCUAUGCAGACAUACACCCCAUGAGGGCUAUCUUCAUGAUCCCCACCAACCCUCCUCCAACGUUUCGAAACCCGGAUCAGUGGUCUUCGGCGUUUCAAGAUUUUGUCAGCAAGUGUUUGGUCAAAAACCCAGAAAACAGGGCCACUGCCACACACCUACUACAGCAUCCGUUCAUCAAGUCAGCCAAGCCCAGCUCCAUCCUCAGAGCUCUGAUCACAGAUGCCAUGGAGAUCAAACUGAAGAGACAGGAGGAGGCAGAACAGAGAGAACAGGAUGCAGAUGAUGACGACAAUUCGGAUGAGGAUGAGGUAGACCAGGGCACCAUGGUGCGGGCAGGGACAGGAGACUCGGGAACCAUCCGAGCUGCUGGCUCAUUAGGUAGCACAGCGCGGACCAUGAUUGAACAUGGAGACACGGGGACCAUGGAGUCACAACUGGGAACCAUGGUCAUCAACUCUGAUGACGAAGAUGAGGAAGAAGCAGGCACCAUGAAAAGGAGAGAUGAGACGAUGCAACCAGCCAAGCCCUCCUUCCUAGAGUACUUUGAGCAGAAAGAGAAGGAGGCCAAUAGUCAUAACGAUGGAGGAGGAAGAGGAGGAGAGAACGCAGACAACCGCAAACUUCCUGCUGAAGGAGACUUUGAAGUGAUGCGUACUUGGACGGUGGAGGAGUUGCAUCUGCGACUGGCCUCUCUGGACCCCCAGAUGGAGCAGGAGAUUGAGGAGAUCCGUCAGCGCUACCAGGCCAAGAGACAGCCCAUCCUCGAUGCCAUUGAGGCAAAGAAGCGACGGCAGCAGAACUUCUGAGAACGUCCUGCCGUGCUCUGCAUGGCAACCCACAAUAUUUUUUCCUUUGCAACAACCAUGUGAAAUGUCAGCAAGGCAGCUGAGGUUUCACAAAAAAGUAGCUCCAACAUCGUCUUGGAAUAACAAAAUGGCAAUAAGACUGUUUUGAAGUUUGUCCUAAACAUCUGGUCAAAAGAUGACGGACAGUUUGAAGGGCUGUCUGCAACAGUUUUCAAAUGUCAGCACAUUUUGCAGGUGCUCCACAAUGACAGCUCACUAAAUGUAGGAGGGACAUCUUGUUAGGCUCUUGGUGGAAACUUGGAAAACUGCACCAGGACUUAUAAUGGUCUUCAAUUGAGAUGUCAGAUAAAGUACUUAAGUCUUUUUGAGAAAUGAUAUGUGAGAGAAACUUCCAAAGAGCUGUUUUGUGUGUUCAAGAAUAUAUUGGUGGAAUCUACUGCUUCUGUUUGACCAUAGGAUCCUUUACUCCUUCUUUACACAGUUGGCGAUUAUUGUGGAAGGGCACAGACCUCUUCCAUAUUUUAGUAACUGAUUCAUGUGGUACAGUUUCAUUUUACCUGCUGUUUGUUCAACUUUGGUACUCAUUCAGUCAGUCCUUUAAGUGUCUCUUAAACUUUGAUGUUGAUAAAUGUUGCUGUUGGACUUUGCAUUCACAGGGUUCCUAUACCGGACUGGAAAGUCUGGAAAAUUGAUAAUUUAAAAAGUUAUGUUAAGUUAAAAAAGUAUAUAAAACUGUAGAGUUUUGAAAUGCUAAAUGUGUAGGAUCCGUGCAUUUACUGUCAGCCACAGUAGAUUUGAUUUAUGGCUAAAAAAAGAAAACAGGACACUCCGUCUCUGUAAACAGUGUUCUCUCUAUCAAGGCUCUCUCUUAGGACCACGGUCCUUGUUUGAUUUGGUACUUGCUCCUUGAUUUUCUAGUUCACAUACAGUGAUAGCCAUUGUAGAAAUCCCUCUGCAGAUGUAUAUCCUGCUUCAAGUACUGAAAAAACUCAGUGUUAUACAGUAGAGCCAAAUCAGUAUCUUGUGCUACAGUUGUGUUUCUCAGUUAGUCACCAGACUGUUUCUUUUACUGUCUGUCGGCUAAAAAGAGAACAAAUUUUAGUUUUCUUUUACAGUUUGGGGUGGACAUGGAGCCAAAGAGCAAUUAUAUUUCGGUAAACAUGCAGGAAUAAAACUGGGACUUCUGCAGUGGCUGCCUCUGUACAGUACGGUGCAUUAUAAAACUGAAACUUGGAUCUAACCAAAUUUAAGCUAACUAAACAAAUUUAACAUCAUACGUGAGGCUGUUUUUAAGAACAGAACCACAGCUCUAAGUUACAUUCAAGCUGUGGGCAGUUGCCUCAAAUUUAAGCAAUAACGUUUUGUUCCUUAAAAGGUUUGGUGAACAAGAAGAACAGGAGCAUUUGUAAUUUGUGCUUACAGUUAUAUACCAUCCUCACUAUCCAUUUUCAGUAUCACUGGACUUUAUUUAAGGGACUCAGUCUAACUUAAGGGACUCUGAAGGGUUUUAUAGAAUUUAGCCUAUUAGACAGAAAUGCAGUGGAAGGUCCUAUCUGUUUAACUCAAGCUGGAUGUGAUGUCUUUGAACCAGAUUUUUGAGACUUGAAAAGGUUAGCAAAGGCAUGGGCCAAGAGGUUUUUGAGGGAAUUUGAUCAUUUGCCUUUGUUGAACCAACAGUGCACUUCAUGAUGAUUUCGUUGGAUUUUUGCUGUGGUGUCCUUUCUACUUGUCUCUCUUCUUCAGUUAAACAAGACGUGGGUUGAAUACAUUAUGGAAUCGAUUUGACAGAGUCUUUAUUUCCUAUAUUCAUUCAUUUUAUUAUUCAUCUGGCACAGUGAGGAUCCAUUGGAUUGCCACAGAUUUGCCAAACCACACCUCUGUUACACUCGGGACAGACUAAAUAGCUAAUUUCAACAUUGACCCAUGUCUGGUUUAACAUUGAAACAUUCCACUGGCUUGGCUUCUAAUGUGUUUUGUAUUGCUUCAGACAUGUUUGGUGUACGUCUAGCACAAUACAUAAGGGAUGAUUUCUAUUUUUAUACCUAGGUUUAGUUGUUACACGGUCAUUUAGGAGGAAGUCAGCUGUUUGGUUCAGUCGCAGGAAUGUGCAUCAGAAUGCAAACUAGCUUCUCAGGUCAUUAAACUCAGGUUUGUAUAUUAUUGACAUUAGUGAUGAGAAAUUACUGUAGAUAGUCCCGGAAUCCUCCAUACAAAGAGGCAUGUCUGUAUGUAUUAGGAGCACUGGGCUGUAUUUGUACAUUAUGAUAACAGUGAAGGAUUGAAAUCCAAAAUGGGUACUCAUAUGGUAGUGACAUUAAAGACAAUGUAAACGUCCAUGAUAAGAGCAUUGAUCAUCAUGGAAUAAUUCACUUUCAAAAUUCAAGCCUUUUUGUUUUGGAGAGAAACCCCUCAGCUGGACAAGUUUGAAUGCCCAGGCUCGAUCAGAGGAUAUUGUGUUAAAGUCCAGACUUGCCCUUAGCUUCUUUGAAUGCAGGACUUCGCCUUUUUCUGUAAGAUAACAAUUCUUAAGCACAGUUUUCGAAAAAGUUGCGUGUUACAAGCAAACAAAUGGGUAUUGCUUUUGUUUUCUGCCUUGUCAACUUUGGAUGUACUACUGCUUUUUUGUUUGUUUGUUUGUAUGUUUGUUUGUUUUGGGUGGGUGGCAAAAUUAGUUGAACAGUGAUCUAAAUUUAUGAAAUUGUGUUGCUAUGUCUGGGUUUUGUUUUAAUAAUGAAUUUAAACAAGCUAAACAUGUUGUAAAAGUAAAAGAGUUUGAUCUAUUAAUGUUAAAGUUGAGUUUUGAUUGAAUUUGAUGCAUGUGCUGUUUGUUGCUGGCAGAGGAGUUACUCUGCUGCUGAGCAGUGAUGCAUCAGAACUUAUUUAAUUAAGUCGCAAUCACUGGAGAACAUUUUGUUCAGAGCCACAUACAGAACUAGUAGUGACAUUGUGGAGCAGUUUGUCCUCUCUGACCUCCUUUGAAUUGUCUAGAUAGGAUGACCACAUUGUUAUACCCAGACCUAAGUCAAAUACUAAUUGCAAAUGUUUUAUAGUGUAUUACCCGACUGGAGUACCAGACAGUUCAGAUAUUAUCCAGUCAAGCCUUAAGUCACAGCAAACUGAAGUGACUUCCAGAGACUUCCCUGAAAUUUUCUAAACUUGGAUGCACAGAAUCGCCCCAAAUUAAUUUCAUUCCUCCCCAUUCUGCUCUUACCAAGAUCAAAACAAAUCACUAAACAUCUUUGCAAAUGCUGUUUGACACAGGUCUGGUUGUAGGCCUAAUAUCUGUAACUUUGUGCAACACCUGCUGGGUCGCAUGAUGAAGGGAAGGUUGCAAAACAGGUAAAAGUUUCAUAGAGAAUAAAAGUGAAUGACUAAUUCCUGUUUCUCAUUUCCUCAUUUCAUGUAGCAGUGAGUUACUUGGGGUACUUUUACUUUUGGUUCCAGUGUGGUUCUCAUGAAGGUCACAGUGCUAAAAUUAUUUAUAAUUUCUUAGAAAACUCGAUCUAAAUUAAAACACAAAUAAUACAUAUCUGGACUUACUGAUGUGUGUUUUAAUUUCAGUUUCUUUUCUUCUUAAUUAAUAUUUGUGUGUUUUCUGUUGUGGGGCAUCAACUCUGAAGAAAUACUGCUGUUCCCAAGGCGCCUUUAUGUUGAUGUGACUCUUUUGAACAGCAAUGUGAAUCAGACCCAUGUAAAUCCUGCUGGAACAUAUUUGGACAUAUAUUGUGGAUGACAAAAUAUUGGAGUGUGUAGACAUAUUUUGCAGGCAUUACCACUGUUGAGGCUACUAGAGUUUUUGUUUAAUAAAAUCAAACAUGUAGCUUAAAUAUCGCACAGCCAUUUUUCUUGCAAUAAUAAAAGUAAACAAUUCAAUGAGUCAGUGUUAGCCUGGCAGUGCUACCUGUUGCUGCAUACACUCUGUGUCUCAGGUUAACAUCACCUCAUUCAUUACUAAUGCAUGUGAGAACAUUUUCAACCAUAUCUGAGGUGAAUGAAGAGCUACUCUGUUGAAAACAUUGGCCAGGUCUAUCUACUGAUCUGUAAUAAAAACUAGUAUGAAGUGAAGCCAAUCUCAUUUGACCAUUUGCAAGAUGUGGCUGUCUGCUCCUCAAAAGUUGCUGGGUGUCUACGCCAAACAAAUUCUUUUGGGCAAAUAAUCUGCUGUUCUUGGGCUCUUGGUCGUUUUGCACACACACUAUAUGGUAUGUCGGCCUCAUCGAAACACACUGUUCAUUUGUGCAGAGAACAUUUCUGAAGUACACAUGCCUUAAAGUAUGCGCUAGAGGUCAAUGCGUAUGUAUGAGAUCACUGUUUGGUUUAUGUU